AUGCAGGAGGAUGAGAACGAAGGUGCCAAAUUGCGUACUGGUUCCAGCAACCAAUGGGAUCCAGGUCCACCCCCCCUGGACCCCGAGAAUGAAGGGGGAACCGGUCCUCUUUUCCUAGAAAUGGAACAGCCUGCCCCUCCUCCACGUAAAACUUCGCGCCAAUACUUAAAGCGCAUCAUUGCUGAAUAUGAGGCCCUGGACAUGGAGAUGCCCUGCAUCCGCAAGUUCCCCAGACCCCCAGCUGCCCGUCCUCUUUGCCUCUGUCUGGAAAGUCCGCCUGAAAAGGAGAUGAACCAUGCGGAAGUCCUGGCAGCUGUAGAGGCAGUCAUUCCUGAUGCCUUUGAAACAGGCCUUCUGUGCAACAUUCAGUUUGAGAACAUUAAUGUGAUCUGCGGGACCGCUGGAAGGAAGAACAGGUGGCUGCUUACAGUGGCGGAUUUCCGGACCCGCAACCAGCUCUUGUGUUCAGGACUGACUUUGGGCCAGGACCACUAUGUCUUGCGACGUUGGGAUGAUCUGGUGAUGGAGGACUAUCGCAUGCACCUCCGAAGGUCACUGGCACGCCAGAGGCUCCUAGACACUCUCAGUGAUUCAUGGGAUGGAAAUCGCUUGGCUGGGAUAUGA